AACACGGUGCAACUGUCACAUGUGUCUGCAGCUGUGAGUGUUGCCUUGGGGCGCCAUUGCCAAGCUGCGUCCGCGAGCAGCUCCAUCGCCUUCAAAGUGACGCUUGAUGAUACGGAAUGAGUCAAUCUGUUUUUGUCCAAUGAUCAUUAAGAUGUAGGCCUCAUAAAACAAAACAGAAGUGCAAUGGAUGAGACCGUCAAAGAGGAGAAGAAGGAGGACGCGGCUGGCGACGUAUCUGCGCGCUCGCUGUACGUAUACUAGCUAUACUACUUCGUUUUCUUAUACUACAGACUACACUCUAUCGAUUCGUCACCAUUUCAGCGAGAAUGGUGCAGAAUAUACUGAGAUAUACUCAUUUGAAUAUCAGGGGCGGCGACCGGGAUCAGGCGUUCCGUGCUAGCCGCGUCUCGGGGACACGCUCCAUCGAAGUGGCGCUGGCGGAGAUCCAGAUCAUCAAGCACAAUGUCUACGUCCAGCGUAAAGAGCGCUCGCUGCCUGAUGAUGAAGUGUCCAUUUGCUCUUGCAAGCCACCGACAAAUGAGAGCGAAAUGGGGUGUCUCGACGGCUGCUUAAAUCGUGCUGCUUUGGUGGAAUGCAAGCCGGGGUUCUGCAAAUGCAGCGAUCGUUGCGAUAAUAUGAGAAUACAGCAUGGGGUCAUGCCGUCCACACAACUCAUAGACUGCGGGAGAAAAGGUCUCGGAAUGAAGUUACUGGAGGACAUUAAGGCAGGCUCGUUCGUAGGCGAGUAUAUGGGCGAGAUCGUGACGGAACAAGAGUACUAUAUGCGACGAGUGCUUUACCAUAAUGAGAAGCACCGUUACAUGAUGGUGUUAAGUGGCGGUGAAGUCAUUGACGCUACGCGCAUGGGCGGGUGGGCGCGCUUCAUCAACCAUAGCUGCGACCCCAAUUGCGGAGUAGAAAAAUGGGACGUUAAUGGCGAAGAAAGGUGCGCCAUUUUCGCUCUGCGCGAUAUCGUUGCUGGCGAGGAGCUGACGUUCGACUACAAGUUCGAGUCUUUCAGCAAAGCGGAGAUCACGGAGUGUCUAUGCGGAGCACCAAAUUGUCGGAAGGUAAUCGGAAUGAACAACAAAGCGACGAAGCCGAGCAAAACGCAGAAGAAGACAGCGGAGACGGCAGCGCUUGUUGAAGGACCGAAGCUGCUUGACCCCGUCAUUGGACUAAAAGCCAGACCAGUUCAAGGCGCAAAGAAAGCGGAGGCUCUGAUGCAGCGGAUGGCAAGGCAGCGUCUACUGAGUCACAGCGAUAUCCGUGUACUGCGGCGGUCGCACGUGAUGCUGGAGCGCAACUUGACGUGGCAUAUGGAGGACGACUUCGCCCACUUGGCGCUGCUGCCGUAUUUUAUCACGAAGAAUUCAUCCGUGAUGAAGCACACUCCGGAGCUCAAGCACGUGCCCGACUUCUUCAACUGGAGAGACUUGCCUAACUUCCCGAAAAAGGUGUGUCGCCUGAGUCGAGAGGCAAAAGUUGCUCGCCUGCGCGACAUCACCGCUUCAUUGCAAGCCCGACAAGAGCAGCAGCAAUAAACUAUUUAGCUGUGUCCAUGUUGCACUGGUUGCAGCGGUUGCGUAUCCAUCUGGUCUUUGGAUUUCCACCAAUAAGACAUCUGUUCACAAUAGUCUUCCAUUGGUCAUAAAUAUCCCAUCCCUUCCC